AUGGGCUAUCACAAAAUUCAGAGAACUAGACUGUGUGGAUUGGAUUGUGCUGUUUUAACCCCAUCUCCGAAGCCUCAACAACAACAAGAUUCCAAACCACUUGUUGAUUCACUUGUUAUUUGGCUUCAUGGUUUGGGUGAUAAUUAUGAAGGCUUCUCACAAAUGUUGCAAGUAAUUCUUCCAGAGAAUACAAUGGCCAUUCUACCAAAUUCACCUCAACGACCAAUUACAAUUAAUGGAGGAAUGGUAAUGAAUGGAUGGUACGAUAUAUAUUCAUUGGAAAGACAGGAAUUAAAAGUACAUGAAGAUUUGGAAGGCUACGAAGCAUCAAAGAAAUUAAUUGAUGAAUUAAUUGAAUCUCAAUUAAAACAAUUUGAUUCAAAGAGAAUUAUUCUUGGAGGUUUCAGUCAAGGAGCAGCCAUGUCAUUAUUAACAGGACUUCAAUCUAAGCAUCCAUUGGGUGCCAUCAUUAGUGCAUCAGGAUACAUGUUAUUGAGAUCUAAAUUUACUAAUCCAAGUGAAUUUAUUUCACAGGAAAAUAAGGAAACACCACUUUAUAUUUUCCAUGGAGAUGAAGAUGAUGUUGUUCAUUAUCAAUCAUUUGCAUCUGAAAGUUUUGAUUGGCUUGAAAAGGGAAAGAGUAUUACAAGUAGAAAGAUUUACAGAUAUCAUUCACAUGAAGUUUCUAAUGAAGAAAUGAAAGAUUUAAAGAAUUUAUUCGAAAAGUUAUUAAAUUACGCCUAUUUUACUUCAUCCAAUCAAGAAGCUGUUGUUGAACAACAAGCAUCAUCAUCAAAAACUUCUCAUCAUGAAUCUUAUCAUUUCAAUACAUUGAUGAUUGCUGCCAGUCAUCAAUCAUUGUCAUCAUCAAUUCAUGGAAAUUUAAAUUCUCAUCAGCACAGAUUUUCUCCAUACAAAUCAUUUACUAUUCACUAUAGAAAAAAUCAAUCAUCAAAUUCACAAUUUUCACUUUACGAAUAUACUCUACAAACAAGUGAAGAUUAUUUAACAUUAAAUUUACCAAUUGUAAAACAAUUACACACAAAUUUAUCAUCAUCUCCACAAACUCCACAACAUUUAACUGCUUCAAAUAAUACAACACCACUCAAUCAUCAUUCAUGUCAAUCACCAAGUUCAGAAUCUACUCAAAAUAUGAGUACAAGUACUUCCUUCUCUGAUUUUGAAGAAUUAGUUCAACUACAACAUAGAAUGAAAGGUAAUUUGGCUGGAUCUGCUAAUACUCCACCUGGAAAUGAUUCAAUUUUAUCAGAUAUUGAAGUUUUAGAAGAUGAAUAUCAAGAAGAUGAAAGUACAGAAGAUGAAGAUAAUAUUGAAUAUUGUGUUGGAAGAUAUAUUCACUUUAUUGAUGAUAAUUUUAAAUCAUCAAUAUUGGGAAAUGAAUUGGAAUUGAAAAGAAAGUUCAUUGAAUUAUUAUCACUUUCAUAUCAUGUCAAUGUUGCUCAAGUUUAUGAUUUAUAUCUUGUCAUUGAUCAAAAUAGUGAAGAAUUUGAACCUAAAUUUACUGGAUUGUUCUAUACUAUGGAAUAUAUUCCAUCUGAAAUUAAAUUAAGUGAUUUAUUGAAAUCAACUUUUGGAAAUAUGAGUACUGAUAGUGCAAUUCAUAUUUUCACACAAGUUCUUGAUGUGAUUAUGAUGUUUCAUAGUAGAAAUAGGACAUUUAACAAUAAUAAUUUAGUUAAACAAUUACUUGAGAAUGAUAUUUUCAUUAGAGACAAUUUAUCAGGUGAUGUAAAGAAGCAAAUUGGCAUUUAUCUUAAUUUGGAAACAUUUUUACAAACAGAUUUAAAUGCAGAUUUGGAAAAGGAAAAACAAGAAAAUAUUUGGAAUUUAGGUCAUUUAUUAUUUAAAUUAAUUGUUAAAGACAGCACAUUUUUGAAAAUUGAUGCAAUUGAUGAAGAAAAAACUUGGUCAAUUCUUGAAGAAAAUUGUAGUGAUAGACACAUUGUUGAUUUAAUAAUGAGUGUUCUGACGAAUGAUAAAACUAAAAGACCUAAAAGUAUUUCAGAGAUUAAAUACUCUCCAUGGUUGAUGAGAUUUAGAAAAUUUAAAUAUUUUGCAGAGAUGAAAGUUAAGCAAUCUCAAAUUGAUCAAUUGAAUCAACAAGUUGAAUUUAGCGAAAAGGUUAAGCAAAAUAUUAAUGAUUUACUUGGUCCUCUCAUUCUGAAACAUCAUGAACAGGGAAUUGUUGUUUCACCAAAUUUGAAUGAUUCGAGUCCAAGAAAGAGUAGUGCCUCAACUCAGCAAGCAAGAUCUCAAACUGUUAAAGCAAGAAGAAAGAGCGUGAAAUAUAACAAUGGAAUUCAAUUAGUUGAUGAUAAGUCAUUGAAAAAGGUACCUUCAAAAAGUAAUUUAAUGGUUGGCAUGUUCAAAAACAAGAUGGUUACUGAGGUUAAAGGGCAAGCUAAACCUUCACAUGAUCCAAAAGAAAAUGUCAACGUUGAUGAAUAUUAUCAGAUGGUAUUUAAGCAACAAAAGCAAAGCUUUAUAUUUGAGACUGGUUGUAAACACAACUAUUUCAACCUUUCUAAUCAUCAAAAGACCUUAACUCUUUUACAGAAUAAGGUUUUUGGAUCAGAUUACUAUACUGCCAGAUGUGAACAAAAGGUAACACCACUCAAUAAUGAAGUUGCAUUCAAGAUUGAGAAACUCAGUGCAGAAAAUGAAAUUGUCAUUGGUUUAGUGUCAAAAGAUAAUGAUUGGAGAAUUUGUAAAAAAGGAGGAAUAUUAGGAUCAAAGAAACUUCAAAAUUCCUAUGGUAUUAACUUUGUUUCUGGGCAAGCUGGUUACAUGGAUUCAUGGAAAAAGUUUACGAAAAACAAAUUACUCAAAGAAAAGGCCACUGUUAUUGUUAAUUUUAAUUUUGAUAAGAGAUGUUUAUCUGUUAAGGUUAUAAUGGAUGACAUUAGUACAGAUUUGGGUACAUGUUUUGAUGAUUCAAUAGAUCUCAAAGUUGAAUGGUACUUUGCAGUAUCAUUAUAUAAGGAAAAGAGUGCAGUGUCGAUUGUAAACUAG